AAGAUUUAUCUGCACCAGCUGAAAUUAUUAUGGCAUCUGGAGAUCUUAAAGUAUAUAAUAAAGCAACUGAAUGUUGGAUUUGCAAAAAAUCUUUUCUUAAACUAUCGUCAGAAGUAUUGCAAAAAUUCAAAGAAGUUAAGCACAGAUUAUUAGAAGUCAUCGAAUGGGAAGCAAGCAUGGAAGAAGACCAUCCAGAAAAGAAAAAGUUACAAAAAGAAUACUGA